GAAAAAGGCCGGAGAAAAGGUCUUCCAAGGUUGUUUUCUUAGACACUGCUAUUAUUUCGACAACUAGAAUCCGAUAAUCAUUCACGCCCAAAAUCUCAGAACCCUUAAGGAACAGCGGGUUGAUCUUACUGCUCUUUUUGGACCCUGCCCGCCUUGCCACAACUACAUGACCUACUAGGUAGUUCUGACAAAUAUCUACGCCCAUCUAUCCUAAAGCAUUAAAGAAUAGCAGGCCUUUCGCCUCUAUUUUUUUUUCGUCGACACUGUUCUUCUUGCGGCAUCGCCCGUCUAUCUAUGAACUCCUACCUAUUGAAGAGUAGCGUGUGUCCACCACAGCUCUUCUAGGUAGACACUGUUCUUCUCGCAAUAACCACCAACUAAUACCCUCGGGCAUCGCUCCCUGCCCACCUACAUAUACCCAUCUACUCCCGGUGGCUGUAUUUAAUUCCAUCAACGCCAUAUGAUACUGCAAGUUACCUGAGGUGCCCAAUAUGUUGUCCUCGUCUACUUGUGUGAUAUGCAAUGGUAGUAGCAAUAACACCAAGCCACACCCCGCUGUCAACGGCCACCCUAGCCGUAGCCACAGCUGUGGCAUCGAUCGCUUCCUUGCCGAUCAGGAACAACGCUGCCCCCCGGAAUUCGGCAAAACUCAAUCUCCAGCAGAGGCAGAGGCUGCUGCCAAAGCGAAAAUGAUGA